AUGGAACGGCUUCUUGACAUUGUUCAUGUUCAAGAUACUAGUGCUUUAUCUCUAAAGAGGGCAAUUGUUAAUUUACUUGCUCAACAUUACUUAAGUCUAUCAUAUGUGCGUGGACAAUGUUGCGAUGGGGCAAGCAAUAUGCAAGGUGAGAUCAAUGGCCUUAAAAUGUUGAUUAGGCAAGAAAGUAGAUCGGCCCAUUCCAUUCAUUAUUUUGCUCAUCAACUUCAACUAACUCUUGUUGCGGUCUCGAAAAAAUGUAUUGAAGUGGGAAAACUUGUAGUGUUGGUUUCAAAUAUUUUGAAUGUAUUGGGAUCUUCUUUUAAGCGUAUGGAUGAAUUUCGAGAUUCUCAAAAAGAAAGAAUUCAAGAGGCAUUAGAUUUGGGUGAGCUUACAACCGGUAGGGGCUUGAAUCAAGAAUUUGGUCUUGCAAGAGCUUGUGAUCCGCGUUGGGGAUCUCAUUUUAAAUCUUUCAACAAUCUUAUUCUUAUGUUUGGCUCUAUUAUUAAUGUUCUUGAAUCACUUGUUCUUGAUGCACGAUUAUUGGAUAAAAGAGCCAAGGCAAUGGGAUAUCUCGAAGCUUGUCGAACAUAUGAGGUUGCGUUCAUGUUGCAUUUGAUGAGUGAUGUUUUAGCAAUCACAAAUGAGCUUAAUAAAUGCUUACAAAAAAAGGAGCAAGAUUUGACAAAUGUCAUGUUACUUGUUGAAGUAGCAAAAAUAAGGUUGCAAGCGUAUAGGGAUGAAGAAUGGGAUUCUCUUAUUGCUAGGGUGUCUUUGUUUUGUAUCAAGCAUGAAAUUUUGGUACCUAACUUUGAGGAGCCAUAUGUUAGCUCUUUAAGAUCACGAAAGAGACUUGGUGACAAUAAAGUCUCUCAUCAUUAUCGUGUUGAGGUAUUUUGCAAUAUUAUUGAUUGGCAACUUCAAGAACUUAAAGAUCGUUUUGGCGAAGCAACGACUGAUUUGCUUCAUGGAAUUUCUUGUUUGAAUCCAAUUGACUCGUUUUCAAGUUUUGACAUCAGGAAAAUAAUGAAAAUGGCUAAAUUAUAUCCUGGUGACUUUAAUGGAUUCAAUAUGGGUUCUCUUGAGAAUCAACUUUCAAAUUACAUUAUUGAUGUUCAUGAUGUUGAUGAAAGGUUCUCCAAUCUAAAAGGGUUUUGUGAUCUUUCGAAAAAUUAG